CUGACUCAAGAAUAAGUGUAUCACCAGCUGGUUCAAGAAUAAGUGUAUCACCAGCUGACUCAAGAAUAAGUGUAUCACCAGCUGACUCAAGAAUAAGUGUAUCACCAGCUGGUUCAAGAAUAAGUGUAUCGCCAGCUGGUUCAAGAAUAAGUGUAUCACCAGCUGACUCAAGAAUAAGUGUAUCACCAGCUGACUCAAGAAUAAGUGUAUCACCAGCUGGUUCAAGAAUAAGUGUAUCACCAGCUGACUCAAGAAUAAGUGUAUCACCAGCUGACUCAAGAAUAAGUGUAUCACCAGCUGGUUCAAGAAUAAGUGUAUCACCAGCUGGUUCAAGAUUAAGUGUAUCACCAGCCGAUUCAAGAAUAAGUGUAUCACCAGCUGGUUCAAGAUUAAGUGUAUCACCAGCCGAUUCAAGAAUAAGUGUAUCACCAGCUAACUCAAAAAUAAGUGUAUCACCAGCUGACUCAAAAAUAAGUGUAUCACCAGCUGACUCAAAAAUAAGUGUAUCACCAGCUGACUCAAAAAUAAGUGUAUCACCAGCUGACUCAAAAAUAAGUGUAUCAUCAGCUGAUUCAAGAAUAAGUGUAUCACCAGCUGGUUCAAGAAUAAGUGUAUCACCAGCUGAUUCAAGAAUAAGUGUAUCACCAGCUGGUUCAAGAAUAAGUGUAUCACCAGCUGGUUCAAGAAUAAGUGUAUCACCAGCUGGUUCAAGAAUAAGUGUAUCACCAGCUGAUUCAAGAAUAAAUGUAUCACCAGCUGGUUCAAGAAUAAGUGUAUCACCAGCUGGUUCAAGAAUAAGUGUAUCACCCGCUGGUUCAAGAAUAAGUGUAUCACCAGCUGGUUCAAGAAUAAGUGUAUCACCAGCUGGUUCAAGAAUAAGUGUAUCACUAGCUGGUUCAAGAAUAAGUGUAUCACCAGCUGGUUCAAGAAUAAGUGUAUCACCAGCUGGUUCAAGAUUAAGUGUAUCACCAGCUGGUUCAAGAAUAAGUGUAUCACCAGCUGAUUCAAGAAUAAGUGUAUCACCAGCUGAUUCAAGAAUAGGUAUUUCACCAGCUGGUUCAAGAAUAAGUGUAUCACCAGCUGGUUCAAGAAUAAGUGUAUCACCAGCUGAUUCAAGAAUAAGUGUAUCACCAGCUGAUUCAAGAAUAGGUAUUUCACCAGCUGGUUCAAGAAUAAGUGUAUCACCAGCUGGUUCAAGAAUAAGUGUAUCACCAGCUGUUUCAAGAAUAGGUAUAUCACCAGUUUAUUCAAGAAUAAGUGUAUCACCAGCUGGUUCAAGAAUAAGUGUAUCACCAGCUGGUUCAAGAAUAAGUGUAUCACCAGCUGGUUCAAGAAUAAGUGUAUCACCAGCUGGUUCAAGAAUAAGUGUAUCACCAGCUGAUUCAAGAAUAAGUAUAUCACCAGCUGGUUCAAGAAUAAGUGUAUCACCAGCUGGGUCAAGAAUAAGUGUAUCACCAGCUGACUCAAGAAUAAGUGUAUCACCAGCUGACUCAAGAAUAAGUGUAUCACCAGCUGAUUCAAGAAUAAGUGUAUCACCAGCUGGUUCAAGAAUAAGUGUAUCACCAGCUGGUUCAAGAAUAAGUGUAUCACCAGCUGGUUCAAGAAUAAGUGUAUCACUAGCUGGUUCAAGAAUAAGUGUAUUACCAGCUGGUUCAAGAAUAAGUGUAUCACCAGCUGCUUCAAGAACAACAGUGUAA